AUAAGGAACGAGGAUCCAUAUCAAUCUCUCAAUCCUCUCUAUAAAUAUAAUACUGAGAAAGGGAGGAGGACAUCGAGUGGGAAUUAGAAGCUAAUGGAGGAGCAGUACAACAAAAGUCUGUUCGUGUGGGACAGACGACCUCCCCUUGCAGCAGCGUCGAGUGGGCCAACGACGGAGGAGCUCCGGCGAGGGCCAUGGACUGUGGACGAAGACCUCCUCCUCGUCAACUACGUCGCCCAACACGGCCAAGGCCGGUGGAAUGCCCUCGCCCUCUCUGCAGGCCUGAAACGAACCGGAAAGAGCUGCAGAUUCCGAUGGCUCAACUAUCUCCGGCCGAAUGUUCGCCGCGGAAACAUCACGCCAGAGGAACAACUCAUUAUCGUCGAACUCCAUUCUCAGUGGGGAAACAGGUGGUCGAAGAUCGCACGAUUCCUCCCCGGAAGGACCGACAACGAGAUCAAGAAUUACUGGAGGACGCGGGUGAAGAAGCACGUGAAGCAGCUCCGCUGCGACGCCAGUAGCAGAGCGUUUAAGGACGCAAUGCGCUGUCUGUGCAUGCAGGCCGCUUCUUCCGCCGCUUCUUCCACCUCCGCCGACCUCCUUGCCAAUCCUUGGACGCCGGCGACUGAGACGGGGUCGACGAUGGUGAACAUUGGUUCUAGCUCGGAGGAGUAUUACUUUUCCUCGGCGCCGCCCAACCUCCUCGCCAAUCCUUGGACGCCGGCGACUGAGAUGGGGACGACGAUGGUGAACAUUGCUUCUAGCUCCAAGGAGUAUUACUUUUCCCCGGCGCCGCCCCAGCAGUUGUCUUCGCUAGGCACCGAUAUCGGCUGGGAGGAGAAGAUCGGCGCCGGCGGCAUCGACGCCUUUUUCGGCGGAGGGGAUGAGUGGACGGAGUGCCACGUGGAUUUCCCCGGAAGCACAGACGUCGGAGGGGGGGGACUGGCCGUGGAGGGACAUCCAAAUCAUUUAAAUAAUUUAAUUUUUAAUCUGAAAAUUUCCAAUUUGUUGGGAGAAUUAUAAAUAUUUUUG